AGAAUUCCCAUCCCUCCUCAUGAUGGAUGUCUUGACUUCCAGAGCACAGGCAAUGAAUGGGUUUUGUGAAUGCGAAUGAGUCUACGUUCCAAUUAUCAAGCAUUUCUCGCACCAUAGCGUGCUCGAUUGUUCGCCAGGAGGCUGCCGUCGGACAGGAUUAGCGCUACGGUCUGCCGCAAUGCUGAUCACAUUCAGGAUAGAAGUUCCAAGCAGAGUGCAUUCGACAAUAUGACUCCGAUGUGGGAGUUCCGCACAAGGCAGGGCAGUAUCGAGCUCGUGACACUCGUGUUGAUGGGCGAGGCGGGAUUCUCCAAACUAGACGCUUACGUCUUGAACAAGGGAGAUGUGGACUACAUCUAUUCCACCGGAGUCCAAUCUGAAGGCGAGCGGGAGAAAUGCUGUUGCAGUGAAGCUCAGACCAUAGGUAAUCCUUUUACAAACAACCAGUUCACAUGGAUAAAAAUGUCGGGACAUUUGUCAAGGAGUUUGUGGAUUCAAUAUGAUAUUAGAAGGAUACUCACUGAAUCAUAGAUGUAGUUGUGGAAUUGGUUAAAUGUAUACAACUGGAACCACCGAGGGAAGCAUAAAGGUAAUUUCGAGAGAGCCCACUGGUACUCCUCAAGCAACAGACCAAGAAAUAUAUAUGUUGCAUCUAUUUAGCCUGAGGCCUAAAAAAGGCUAUAAAGAAAUUUAUCAAAAUUCUUCAAAAUUCAAAUAGGUAGAGAAAAGUGCCUAUAUAAUUUGCAGC